CAGUUCAUAUGAAAUGUUGGGAGCAUAGAGUAAUGUGAACACGAAAAGCAUUUUUAGCAGGUUUUUGUGUGACAGGAGGGUAACUUAUCAAGUCCCGUGCUCUGACAUGCGUCGACACAUUAUCAUGGCCGUUGUUUUUUGGUCUGUUUGCGUAGACUCGCGAAAAAUAAGAGGAAUAUCUUUGUCUUACAAGCGUUUCUACAGGGAGAGGAAGUCUUUCCUGUGCAUCGAUGGGUCCAAAAUGAUCCCGUUUGAGCAGGUGAAUGAUGACUACUGCGACUGUGAGGAUGGCUCUGAUGAACCAGGCACUGCCGCCUGUCCUGGUGGCCGGUUCUAUUGCUCCAACCUGGGCUUCCGGCCGCACUACAUCCCAUCAUCACGAGUCAACGAUGGGAUUUGUGAUUGCUGCGACGCCUCAGAUGAGUACAACAGCCACGCUCACUGCCAGAACUCUUGCAGGAAUCUGGGACAGAGGGAGAGAGCGGAUGUGGAGGGCCAGAUGAGGACCUUAGACGAGGGGCUGCGACUAAAGCAGCAACUGAUUGAGGAGGGGGUGCUGCUCUGGAGGGAGAAACAGGCCCAGCUCAGAGACCUUCAGCAGGUAGCUGAGGACCUCCAGAUCAAAUUAGAGGAGCACAGGAGGAGAAAGCAUGAGGCUGACAGACUCAAAGAGCAAACCCUAAAGGCAGGAGACAGAGGUCACAGACAUCAGAACAGAACAGUAACCAGCAUUUUCCAAAUACUCGACAGCAAUAAAGAUGGCAGAAUAACAGUGAAUGAAGUCCAGGCCAAAGUGGCGUUCAUCCAGGAUGAGGAGCGAUCUCUAUCUGAGGAUGAAGCGGUGGCUUUGCUGGGAGGAGGCCACGAGAUGGAUCUCUCCAUGUUCCAGCUCACACUCUGGGACAGCCUGAGAGCUGGGGACAGUGUCAAGAUCAAAGGCACAUAUGGCGUGCCAGCCAGUCUGGCGGAUGAAGACCCCAACAUCGAGGCGGCUGAGAGGGAUGCUGUGAGGGAGGAUACUGAUCUGAAGAAGGUAGAGGAGGCCUAUGAGACAGUAAACAUGGAAAUAAGUGACCUAAGGAACAAGCUGACCAUAGACUAUGGAACAGAUCGGGAGUUUCUGUUUUUGAACAGUCAGUGUUAUCAACUGAAAGUCUAUGAGUAUACUUACACCUUAUGCCCCUUCAAUCAAGUCACACAAAAGAGCGCUGUUGGAACAGAGGUCUCAUUAGGGAAGUGGGGGACAUGGGCAGGAACGCCAGAGAACCAGUACUCGAGGAUGAGGUAUGAGAGUGGAGAACCCUGCUGGCAAGGCCCAACUCGCAAUACUAUGGUCACACUGACAUGUGGGACGGAGACAGCCUUGCGAUCGGUGAAGGAGCCCAGCAAGUGCCAGUACAUCGUGGACUUCCAGACUCCUGUGGCCUGUCAGCCGGUGCUAAAGCAGCAGGGCAUACACAGUGAACUGUGACCCUCCCCAAACUGGCCUAGCCCAAAUUAGCUUUAGCCCCACUAGCUAGCUUGUGGUGACAGACCGGGGUCCUGAGGGUCCCCUCUCACAUCUGUGUUGUCAGAACAUAUACACUUUGAAGCAAUAAUCUCAAAGGUCAGAAUCUGCCUUUUAAGAACACUGUCCCUGGACUGUUUAACAUUUCAUUGAUUGUUACACUGCUGCUUUACUUCUCUUACAUGUUAUUCUGGGAAUUCAUUUGGGGCGACGAGUCGUCACCACUUUCUGUUUUGUCUAGAAAAGUCUGGUGAACAUGACUGUAGUGUGUUUCUCGUUUAGUGUGUGUGUAUACGUUUUGUGUGUAAUCAUUUUGAACAGUGCAUUUCUUUUUUCCUAUCGAGGCUUAGACUUAAAGCCAAACAAGAUUACUAGAGUGGAGUAAUGUAGUUACUGUAUCAAAUACCUGCCUCAGUCCUCAUGAAAAAUAUAAGGGGCUUUUUGGCCUGCAUCCUUUUACCUUAUCAUAGUGGCACUUUAUUAUUAUUUACAGUAUUUCCAAAAAAAUGAGACAUGGGGGGGAUUUCAAGUCCUGCAAAUUAGUAAAGUAUAAACCUUUAUUUGCUAUCUAUCCACUGUAUAUCUCAAUAUAUGAACUCAUGGUUAGUACUGCUAUUGGUCAUUCAUUUCAUACAGAAUAUAAGAUUUCUCAAUGAUUUCACGUGAUUAGUGUGUGUCAGUUUUAGUAGUCUGACUGUUUAUGAUUUGACUGAUGCUGCAGCAGAUUUUGGAGUUUGUACAGUGGAGCCCCCCUGCUCAUUGUGGCACAGCUAAAUCAGUGUUAGGUGUCCAGCAGGCUGGCUCCUGCAUCUUGAACCUGCUGGGGCGGUCGAGGCGCCUGUUUGCCUUCAGCAAUGCAAUGGCCCGAGGCUCUGUAGCCCAGGGACUGUUGUUUUUUUAUUCCUCUGACUUCACUUCCCAUCCGCGCUCCCUUUGAUGGCAAAUAUCACUGUUUGCUUUCACCUUCAGUUUCCAUAAUCAUUUCACACAUGCACCCCCUCCGACCCAACUCCAGCAUCUAAACUGCAAACAAAACAUCCAUCUUAACAAGUCAUUUAGUCUCAAUUUGAGUCUUAAAGUGUUGUUUUUCUUCUUAUGUUGAAACAAGGCAAAAUGAGACAGAUCA